AUAGUGAAAAUUUAUCAUAACUUGAGUGGCCGUCGCGAUCGCAAGAGUGUAAUUCCGUAUUAAUUUCGCAAAACCCCGGCGGAGAAAGUGUCCUUGCUAGUGUCGUGCGAAAUAAUCCGGUUCCGGGCUCCGGAACCGUGUAAAGUUCCCGCGAUUGGUCGCGCCUGGGGGGGAACAUUCGGCUGUUUGUGCAGUUUCGUGAAGUGAAGUGAAAAGAUGGGGCGCGCAAAGAUGAGCCUCCGGAAUGUUCGUUCCGAGCUGAGUGUGUGGUUUGUGGUGGUCUGUGGGGGGCUGCUGCUGGCGAGCCAGGGAUGCCUCGGGGAGUCCACCGAUAUCGAGCUGGACGCGAAGGCCAACAAGAUUCACCAGAUCGAUUCGCUGAACCUGCUGCUGUACACCUUCCUGCUGACUUUGACCGUGCUCACGAUUUGGCUGUUCAAGCAUCGGCGGGUCUCGUGGCUUCACGAGACUGGACUAGCCGUCAUCUACGGCCUCAUCGUGGGUGCCAUCAUCCGGUACGCCGGCACAACGACGCCCAUCACGCACGUGACGGUCGACCCGCAGCCGGACGCCCGGUUCAACCAGAGCCUUCCGCCGGACACGCUCUGGUUGCUCUUUCCGGGCAAGCUGGAACCGGUCGACGCCAACUCCCCGCAGACACCGGUGCGGGCCAACAAAACCUACUCGUACUCGUUCCGCGGCGAGGUGGCCAAGCUCGAGGAGAACGAGAUCGACCUGAAGGCCACCUUCGAUCCGGAGAUUUUCUUCAACAUCAUCCUCCCGCCAAUCAUCUUCCACGCCGGGUACAGCUUGAAGCGGAAAUACUUCUUUCGCAAUCUUGGAGCCAUCCUCACGUUUGCCAUAAUCGGAACGACGCUGUCGGCGUUCCUGAUCGGUGCCCUGAUGUACGGGUUCGUCCAGAUGAUGCCAAAUCUUAGUGCGAGCUUCACCUUCCUGGACACGUUGUACUUUGGCGCGCUGAUUUCCCCAACCGAUCCGCUCACCAUUCUGGCCAUAUUCAGCGAUAUGCACGUGGACGUCAACUUGUACGCGCUGGUCUUUGGCGAGAGUGUGCUCAACGAUGCGGUUUCGCUUGUACUGAGCGGUGCCAUCCAAAAUUACGGCGAGCAUUACUCGAGCAGUGGGGACUUUGAGAGUCACGCCUUCCUACGUUCGGUGGGAAACUUUUUCAGCGUGUUCUUCCUGUCGCUCGUGAUUGGCGCUUCGAUGGGUUGCUGCACGGCGCUGAUGACCAAGUUUACCCACAUUCGCGAUUUUCCGCUGCUCGAGUCGGCCCUGUUCGUGCUGAUGUCGUACAGUACGUUCCUGAUUGCGGAAGCGGCCGAGCUGACAGGUGUCGUGGCGGUGCUGUUCUGCGGAAUCUGCCAGGCGCACUACACGUACAACAAUCUGUCGGACGACUCGCGGACGCGCACGAAGCAGAUCUUCGAGCUGCUCAACUUCCUCGCGGAGAACUUUAUCUUCUCGUACAUUGGCGUGUCGAUGUUCACCUUCCCGAAGCACCACUUCGAUCCGCUGUUUAUCUUCACGGGAUUCAUUUGUGCCGCCAUUGGACGAGCGAUCAACAUCUACCCGCUGUCGGCGCUGCUAAACAUCGCUAGAAAACCAAAGAUUUCAUGGAACUUUCAGCAUAUGCUUUUCUUUGCCGGUCUGAGAGGAGCAAUGUCGUUUGCCCUUGCCAUACGAAACACGGUGUCCGACGCACGACAAGCCAUGUUGACCACAACUUCACUGAUUGUGAUCGCAACUGUUAUCGUCCAGGGAGGAGCAUCUAAUUUCUUGCUGAAUUGGCUGAAAAUUCCCGUUGGUGUUGAUGACGAAAGGGAAGUGUUGCCGUACCAAGGAGUGAGAAGUGUGUACAAUUCCAUGGAGAAUACAGCCGGGUCCAUCGAUGUCGGACUGAAUCUUAGCCAGCUGCAGGUUAAUCGACGGACUAGCUCAUUGGACCUGGAGAACCAGGACAGCGAAGGUGCGACCACGCCGGGCGGAACCCGACGGGGCAACGAGAAGGCCGUGCUGGCGCGGGUCUGGGGCAACUUUGACACCAGGUUCAUGAAGCCCCUGCUGACCCACUCGCGGCCUACGCUGCUCGAGACGCUUCCGGUAUGUCUCAGUCCGUUGGCCCGGCUGCUGACGACGACCGAGCAGCUGACACAGGAGGGCCCCACGCGACGUGCCGACUCCGACUCGGACCUGUGCAUCGACGAGGACGACCGGACGUCCCGGGGGGACAACAGCAUCCGGCGCAACUCGAUCAAUCGCCCCAAAUUGAGAAAAUAGUGUGCUUUCAGUUUAGUGAACUCCCUCCCAUCAAACACUGUUAACUGAAUCUGUUGAACAUUAGACACAAAAAAUGGCAAACCCAUCCCCGCGCAAGCCCUCGUAUGAGGUGCGCACCUCCUAGAGUAUUGAUCACACACGCACUAUUGAUACUUUGUAUAUUUUGUACAUUUUAAGUUACUUUAUUCGAUAGCUUUACGUUGGAGUUGGAAAGGCUUUAGUUAUUUAUGUUUAUUUGGGAAGAAAAAGAUAGUAAUCUUUAAAAGAUGAAACCGUGCUAGGUGUUGGUGCAAGCAAAGAAACUUGCUCAAUUUGCCCCAACGCCAAAACAAAAAGCGUAAUUUGUGCCAAUGUUGUAAACGCGUAGAAAAGGAAAACUAUUCAUCGAAGUGUGGUAGCAAAACGGGCUGUUCAUUUUUAAGUAUUUAAGUUUAGUAGUGAAUGCUUAUAUUUAAAAUUAUUGGUUUUAUUCCCGCGCACACGCACACAAGCAAAAAAAACAACAUCACACAGCUUAGGGCGCGCACCCCCUUCUUUGUUAAGUAGGAUUUGAUCCCGUUUCAGUUAUCGCGGUUACGAAAUUAGAAAGACAGAGUUGAUACGAUGGAUAUUGGUGAGAUCGCCUGUGAUGAAAACACGACAAAUUUGCGUUGAAAUAAUUUAUUUUAGUCGUACUUAAGCGUUAAGUUUUAUUCGGUCUCACACAACCACACACGGUUGACUGUUGUCACGAAUCACAGAGGCGUAACAUUGAGUAGCAAAAUGAACACUGAUUUAUUGGUUUGAGUUUUAUGAAUAGAAAGAGUUGGUUGAAUAAACAAUAGGGGAAACACUCACAAUGCCUCGAAGAGGCUAGAUUCUAGUAAAAAAUGAAAAUAUUCCAGAUUUUGUUAAAAAUGUCCAGAAUUAAAAAAUGUUCCAAAGUAAAAAAAAAAAUGCAAAGCGAAAAAAUUUUGGUACAUUUGGUAUGUUCCAAAGUAUUUUUAUUCCUAUUGAAAACUACAGAACUCUACCUUUAUUGAGUCAUUUCCACUUCAAUUUUUUAUAGCAUCUUUAGACAUUUUUAACAAAAACUGGAAUAAUAACAGAAAGAGCAAUUCUCUACGGAGGUCCAAUGAAAUUCUUCCUAUUUGAAAAAAGUUACACAAAUAAUUAUAUAAGUAGUUGCAACGAUUUGAUUUUUGGAUAAACGAAGUUCGUCCAAGAAUUCCCUAAACCUAUAUAAAUCUAAAUGAUUGUCGUUUUUUCCGAUUUAAUAUUAACAUAAACAAAGCCUUUUUUGUCAGUUUUGGAUCUUAUACACACAAAAUAUCCCAAAUGAUUGAUCAUCUUGAGGUCCCACAAAUUCGCGAAACACAAAAUUAUCCCCUACCCGCCCAGAGCAAAACCGAGAUAUUUUACGUUUUUCCACAUUACUCGUAACUGGAUCGACCAAAUUGGACGAAAAUUUAAUGGUUAUUUAUUAACAUUCUAUAUUAACUAAUGCAGGUUGAAAAAAUAAAUGGUUGCAGAGAAAUUUAAUUUUGAAUCCAAAAAUUAGUGGUGCUCUGUAGUAACCAUGGGCGUUAGAGGGUUAAUAAAAUACAUGAUUAUUCAGAAGAAAAUGCAAAUUGCUGUGCGUUUUUUUUUGUGUUUCCAACAUAUACCUACCAGCCUGUAAGAUACAGAAAAAUAUUGUUCAGUUCUUUUGAGGGAACACAGAAAGGAUGAAAAUUAACGCAAAAAAACACUUUUGAUAAUCAACCCCAACAAGUUUCUGGAUAGAUGUAAUCAAAGAUGGCGUCCAAUAUGAAGGUAAAAAUAUCGGAGUCAAACCUCAAAGUGUAAUUCAACUUUGACAGUUGACAUGACUAAUCUUGGGGUGUUAAAUUUUUCUUGAUAAUUUGAAAAUCUUCUGCAAAGUUGUGGGUUUUGAAUUUUUGAUUUUUUUUAUGUAGGGGACUUGAAGCAUAGUGAAAUUUUAAAAUACUUAACGAAGGAAAAGUACCCCCAAGUAUCCCUACAAAAAAUGCUUAAAAGAUUUCUUAUAAUGUUCCUUUUUGGACUUUGUAGGAAAUAUUCUGCUCUUUUCAAUAAAAACCUUUUGAAAGGAACACUUUUUUAAGACAUUUUAUUGAAAAGAGCAGAAAAUUCCACAAGAUUUUUUUUAUUAUUUUGAAAACCGAGGCAAUAGCUUCCGAAAGAUUGUGAGUUAAAAAUAUGGAAAGCCCUUAUUUGACACAAAAAAAAAACAUUUUUUUCACAAAAUUUCAACUUUAAGAGGCUGUUUCUCAGCAACCAGCAGUCUGACCUACAAUGUCUAAAAAAAAAUUGCAAGAAAAAUUCAGCUCUGAUUGUUUUUAAUUUUUAUAUUUUUUGCAACACAGCUUCUUAAAAAAAAAUUGCAAAACAAAAACUAAACAUGUUUCGAAAAAAAUACCUGAAAAUGUCCGUAACUUUAAAACGAUGCACUCUACCAAAAAAAAAAGUGUUAAAUCAUUUUCGAUUGUAAUUUUUUUUGCAUCUGAAAAUAAUUUUUGAAAUUUGUUUGACAAAAUUUUUUUUAAAUGACAUUUUCUAAGUAAUGCAUAUCCAGAUUUUGCACCAUCCUAUUCUCUAAUGCAAAAGAUGCCUUUUCAGUUCCCUAAAACAUUUAAAACAACAUUGAAUACAAAAUACGUUUUGGCAAUUGGGCCCUAAAAUUAAGCUUAAAUAUUUUGAUAUUAUUGUUCACAACGAUAAAGCUUGUUUUUCUGAGUAUAAUGACCCUUUCUACGAUCGCAAAGGAUUUAAAAUGGAUUUUGAAAUCAAUUUUGAAAAAAAUGUUUUUAAACGUGUUUUUUACCGUUGAACAUCAAAAUUUACAUAGGGCUUUAGGACCCUAUUCAACUCUUAGUGAUAUGAAGUCAAAUAAAAAAACAGAGAGAUGUCAUUUUCCGUGUACCUAUUUUUUCAGAAAAGUCGUAAUCAUAACCUACAACUUUGCCGAAGACUGGGUUGACGCCAAUCAAAAAAUUUUGCGAGUUUGUAGAGAAUUACUCAUCUCGAUCUGUGUUAAUUAUUAUUUUUUCGGAAAAGCUUUUUCACAGUAAAAUUUCUUUAAUCGAAAAAUUUUAUGAAAAAUUCAAAAUAAGUUGUCUUAAUUGCGCAUUAUUAACGCACAUCAUGAGUUAAAAAAAGGGUAGAUUACUGGCGUUCUCGGAAGAAUGUGUCCACUCGUUCAUUAAAAAUGUGUUGACCUUCCAAAUUUUACCGUGACGUUUUGGCCGAUACUGUAAAGGCGCAGCAUAGUAAAGUCAAUGUUCUCGGGAUCGAUUGCGACAAUCGACACAUUAUAUUUUUUUAGAGAAUGCCUUGCUCUGCGUGUUUUAUACGUUUACAGAUUUAUUACCAGUUUCUGAUUGAUAAUAUAACAGACAAUUGGUGAUAUCAGCGGUUUUUCAGGAAAUUGCAUAAAUUACAAAAUGAGGCUUUUAAAAAUCUUGUUGAAUUUCCGUAGAGAGUUGCUUAAACGUAAAUUACAUACAACAUACAACACGUUUUCCUUUCCGCGAUAAAAAAAAGUACAUGUUUUUGAUUUUGAACAAAAUUUAAAUUACUACCUGUUAAAGCGUGUAAUAGCAACCAUCCGUGUCUAAAACAAAAGUAAAGUUUGUUAAACAAAACAAUUAAGUCUGUUCGCCCAUGUAUUGCAGUUGGAGCAAGCAGUGUGGGUCGCGCACGUUUGUCAAAGCUAUUUAGAUAUAUACAAAUAACUACAACUAGCGUUUAUACAGUUGAAGAGUACCAACCAAGAAGACAGACAGAAAGAAAGAAAGAGAGAGAGUGAAGAUCUAUACCCUCAAAUACAGUGUCCUAUAUGAA